AAUGCCGUACAUCGGUUUGAAUACAACAGUACUUUGAGUCACAUGCUCGUUUAUGCGUAUUGAUAUUAUUUCGGCUAAUGGUCAGUUAUUUGAUUUGCAUACAAUACAUUUUCCUUAUGCCUGAUUAUAAAUCGUUUAUCAUUUUCGGUUUAUUAUGAAGUUUCAGUGUAGUUUGUACCAUUGUUGAACAAAAACAUUUGUUUACGUGCAGUGAUAGUAUUUUAUUAGUUUUAGUGAAGUUUUUAGCACAUAUGGAGACUACUCCAUUACUUAGUCAUGAUAGUGAUGAUGAGAUUCAAUCAUACUUCGAAAACAUUCACAGUCCAGUGAGAAGUAUGUGUAGACAUGAAGAAAUGCGAUGUUCACCGUAUCCGUACUGAACGGGAGCCUCCAGACCGUUCGGCUAAUGACCGAGAUCCGUUGAUAAAGUCUCCGGUCGUUGUACAGGAGGACCCUCACGAUAAUCAGAAUUUAUCGUGCGGCAUUUGCACGAUGUUCCCGUCGUGCAUGUCCCUAUUGCCGCGGCGGAACGAGCCGCGGCCGCCGAAGCCCGGACAAGCGCCGGUCGUGCUCAACGUGUACGACAUGUAUUGGACCAAUUGGUACACGGCUGGCGCUGGCGUGGGCGUGUUCCACAGCGGUGUACAAGUGCACGGCUCUGAGUGGGCGUAUGGUGGUCACCCGUACGCAUUUACCGGCGUGUUCGAGAUAACACCGCGCGACGAGCGUGAGCUCGGCGACCAGUUUCGGUUUAGACAAAGUGUACAUAUAGGAUAUACGGACUUCAGCGAAGAGGAGGUGCGCCGGCUCGUCACUGAACUGGGCAAGCAAUUCCGGGGCGAUAGGUACCACCUUAUGAACAAUAAUUGUAAUCAUUUCACAUCCGCCUUUUGUUUGGCGCUAUGCGACAAAGACAUACCCGCGUGGGUCAAUCGUCUCGCGUACGUCAGCUCGUGUGUGCCAUUUUUACAGAGAUGUUUACCAAAGGAAUGGCUGACGCCGGCCGCGCUGCAGCACUCGCUCGCCGUGCACUCGCGCUCCUCCUCGCCCGCCACGCCGCAAUAGCACCAGGAGGCGCUGCAAUAAUGCAGACGAACAGACAAAAGUGUUGUGCGUUAUAUUAGUAUUAAGUUUAACGUUUAGCUAACGAUAAGUUUGGCGCAUUGUCGACUGGUUAUCGAUGCGUUGUUUUGUAUUUAUUUCAUUUAGUUUCUAGUUCAGUUUUUUUGUCGGGUAGUUUUCGCGUACUGGAACUGAGAAGUUAAACGUUUAUGUUAAGAUCUUGAAGAUAAGACAUGUAUUAAUUCUAAAUAAUAUACUUUAAGUAUAGCAAUUUUGAAAUUGAAAGUUUUUCAAAAUCGUUUAUUGAAAAUUCCGCAGUGUAAAACAAUGUGUAGAGAAUGAAUUGAAAUUUACAUUAUAAUUAAAAACUUUAAAGUACAAAACUGACGCAUCGAAUUGACAAUAUAGUUAUAUAUUAUAUUAAUAUUAUAAUAAUAAGGAUAACUGAUUAUGAAUUAGGUUUUAUUAUAAGGAGUUGGUUUGAACGCCGCUUAAAUGGUCUUAUAUUUUAAUUACGUGGAAAUUCUCAUCAUGAAUUUAUUUUAUAAAUCAUGUUUUUGAAGUGAAACUUCUUAAGGCACGUUGAGAGUAAAAUUUCAUGGCAAUACCGUCACGUGAAUGGAAUAAGGCGACGAUUUUGGUAUCUUUGAAACUUGCCAAAGAAGUUUCACUUCUGACACGUGUGCUCCUCACACAUGCUCUUUUUAUCUGAGGAGUUUCUAUUUUCUUUGCGGUAUUUUAAUUUGUGACACCUAAAAUAUAUAGAAAAAAACGGAUUGAAUAACUGCUGAAGAUGAGCACUUUUAAAACUUUAGUUAUUUCUUACAUUUAAUAAAAACAACUAUUUUUUUUCAAAUCCGACAUAUUACUUAAAAAGAUAACAUUUGUUUUUAACAGACAAUAAUUAAAAUUUACCCACUAUGGCAGUCAUUAAAACAUUUUUCAUCAACAUUUAAUUUCUCUAAAUUAAAUAUUCUUCUAAAUUGUCUCAUACUGUGUAAUGCAACCCAAUAGUAAGCUAAAUGGUGCCUUGAAGUGACAGCACUGAUAUGAGUUUAAUUCUAAUUAGGGCCGAUUUUUCAAUUCUUGGUUAAAACCCGUCCAAUAAAGUAUUACACUAUAAUAUUAAAAUGUCACUUGUAAACUGUCAAAUACGGACAAUUAGUAAUAAGUUUUAACCAAGGAUUGAAAAAUCAGCCCUUAAUUUUAUUAAAUGUAAUUAUUAAUUCAUAAAUAAUUUAAGGCGCUUGAGCAUUAUUUAUAGACUAGCUACGCACAUUUCACGUGUACACAUCGAAUAUUUUUAUUCAUUAUCAAAAAUAAAUAGUUGUGCCUUAAACAUAAGACUUGAAGGCUAAAUUUUGAAGCAAUAGCGAUAAGUUUCUCAUUUAGUUUGCGGCUGCUCAAGUUAUAGUUCCUACAUUGAAAUAGUAUGUUCAUUUCCGUUGGCAUAAUGAAAGGGACGUCUAAUUACAAUAUUAACAUAUUUAUUAACUGUAAUUUAUUGUCAAAAAAAUGUGAGAAAUAAAACACGACGUACUCGUUGACGAAAUCUUUGGCAUACAUUAGCAAUUGGUCCUUCGAGCCGGAUAAUCAGUUAUAAAUUUGACUACGAUAUUUUUGAAGAUAUUGUGAUAUUUUAACAACACUUUUCUUAAAUAAUUAAUACAAAAAAUUUUUUCGGAGAAUCUCUUCAAAUCGUCUCAAAGUCAAAAUUCAUUAUGUCAAAUGCAAAUGUAUGAUAAAACCCCAACAAUUUUGCUGUAUUUUAUCAAGUUUCGUGUAAUUAAUGAAUAAUAUACGUAGAUGUAGUUGUCCGUCCGUUGAAAUUUUUAGAUUUAACGUUGGCAUAGCUCACUUGUAACAACAAUAAUUUAACCAAUAUUAUAAGGUGUGUAAUUCAAGAUUAUAAGAAUAUAAUAAUUUUGUCAAUAUAUUUAAAUGUCCGCCUGCGAUUGAUUGAAAUUUAUAGUACCUACCUAUUAUAAUAAUAAUGUACCGAAUAACUCGUAUCUUCCAAAAUGGCAUCCAAAUUUGAAUCCUCAUACUUAACACGAAAGCAACAAUAAUGAACAAAAUUAUUAUAUUCCACUCAUUAAAUCUAAUUAUUAAGAAUCUAUGAAAAUUAAUUAUACCUUCUAAGUGUUUCUCGAUUUCGUAUUAAAGUGCCAUGUUGUUGAAUACUAUUUAAAUGAAAAUUAUCCCAUCUUGUAAUGUAGUAAACAAUUUUAAAUCUAGUACCUAAAUUGUUAUCUAAUAUCUAACGGUAGGUGUAAACGGACAGACUUAGAACACUUAUUAAUUUCAGUAAAUAAAUGGAAUUGAGGUUAUCUUUUACUUGUGUAGCUUGAAUGGUAGAUUUCUUUUUACAAAACAAACAGAAAAUUAAGUUGUUUCUAACAAGACAUCAAAAGGAAUGGAAGAGUUGCAAAUUACAUUUAUUAAAUGUAUCGCGCUGAGUCAUUAUUGCAUAUAUAAUGACUACAAAACACUAUGAAAACAUAAAAACUUGCUGUAGAAUUUAAAUUAUUACGCUCCUUAUUCAGGCAGUUGUUUCAAAAAAAAUUGACAAUUUCAAUGAAACGGAGAUGGAAUAAAUAUAUGCUAGUUCUUUUGGGACUAAAUAUAUAGAAAAUACAUACCUGAAAAAAUUAUAAUAGGUCACUCAAUUCUGAUUCUGAAAGUAUUGAUGUUCUAUAGAUUAGGUGUAAAUAUAGAAUAACUUAGAUUUACUUGACAAUGCGCCAGUGAAAUGACGUUUUUCACGAGGAUAGUUUUAAUAUUGAAUGAGCCUCAUUUAUUAGUUAACGAUAUGUAACGAUUGUCUUAAUUAUUAUAUUAAGGCCUAUUCAAACUGUUCCGCAACCCAGUUUGGCGGUAGCGCAUACCGCUCUAGUUAGAAUAGGCCUUUACUCAUUGGAAAUUUAGUAUGGUCUAAGACUAAAAGUAUGUUAAAAAAUGUUAUCUCGUUUUGGUCACGUUACAAGUUAUAUUGAAUAAGGUCUAUUUGGGACUCAUAAAAAAAAGAUACGGAAAUUAAAUUUAAAAGUGCGAUUUGUGCACAAAAUAUGUUCAGAAUAAGGAUGAUUUUGAUUAUUUAAAAUUAUAACUGCUAAGUGCUAAUUAACCAGAAUAUCUAGUACUUACUUAAUUAUUCUGGCGAAAGAAUGGCUUUAUAAUUGUUUAUUAUGAGAUAUCGUUUUCUAAUAAAUAUUUUUACGUUUCCAAUUUUUUUUUUAUAUAUUUAUGUGUGAAACAUACGCAGUUAUCCGAAUGAAAAACGUAUAGAUAUUUGCAUAGUAUAAUUUGUGUAUGACUUCCAUGAGAAAUGAUUCGUCUAUUUCUUUGGUAUAUUACCUAUACUUUAUCAUAGAUAUUUAAUUAGUUUCUCCCAAAGGAAACAUAUCCCAACAAUAACGUGCCACUGUUUCAUAUAUUAUGUAUUAUGAAUUAAAGUUUUAUAUUCUAUUAAAAUAAUUUAGAUCAUACCUACAUGUCCUGGAGUACAUCGGUCACUAGAUCAUUACAUUAUUUUCUAAGCUUUUUAGGCCACGGUAUUAAAGCGGGUAAAUAAGCAAUUAUGACAAUUGCGGCCUAAUCGUAAAACACAUUUAUGAAAUGCAAACAAAACGGUUAAUAACUAACCAAAGAUUGGGCUGUAAACUUUUUUUAUUGUCUAUGGUCGCUGGUAAAAAGGCGCUAAACUGCGUUAUUAGUUAUUACCCACAAUAUUUUAUUUUGGCUAAAUUUUUCUUCAUUGUCGUUCCUUUUAACAUGACAAAUAAUUUUAAGUUACAGUUUCAUAAAACAUGCAAUUUUAUAAAGUAUAACAUGCUCAUUGUAUUUUAACAAUUAGUUUUGUUAUCUGAUUAUAGAUAUUUAGUUCGCAUUUACUACUGUGUAAUGUUGUGAGAGCGGUUUUAACUAAAAGUAAAAGCAUGAAUUUGAAUUGUAUAAUUUAUAGACGUUUGGUUUAGCGGUAGAUAAAGUUUUUUUAUUAUGUUUACCUACUUUCGUAGAUAUUCUACAUUGAGUUGAACGUGAUAAUAACAGUUGCUGGUUGAAGUGCUAACAAUGAACGACUGAAUGGUUUCUUAAUUAAUGUAAACUAAAAAAAUAUAUCGGCAAUAGAAGUUUUGAAAAGAAUAAAAAUGUAUGUAAACAGUUUUCAA